AUGCAAUCACUCUUCCCCAAGAAUUGUACCGAAGAACAAUACAAAGAACAACAAACAACACUUUUUUCGAAAUUCCAAACGAUGAUGGACUCGGAGGAGGUGAGCGAGAGCAGUGAAUACAUGAUGCUCUACAACAUCGUUUUUUCGUUGUGCACAUCAUUGGAUGACACACUGAAGGAACGCCUUUAUUAUGACAUUUUUAAUUUCAUUACAAAGCAAACGAUGACUGCGGCGGAGAAGUUGAGUAAAGAAAGCGAUGUCGGACUUCUCACGGAUUAUACCAGACUUUUCAAGCAAUUUGAGAAUGGGGUGAAUGGUAUUAAAAAGGUCUGCAAAUACUUAACCAAAUUUGUCAUUGAAAUGGAGAUCAAGCAGAAGCGUGGGAAGUCGAGAUUUAGAGAUGUUGGAGAUAUUGGGAAGAUCGAGUGGAAGAGAAACGUCUUCGACAACUUAAAUAAAAAACUUUACGAAAUCUCGUCGACACUAAUACAGCACGCAAGAGUCUCCGACGAACGAAAGAGUUUGGAAGUUGUGAGGGAAUAUACCAAAAGUUUGAUAGUGUUACACAGUGUCAUGGAUAGUGAUGUUAUUGGGUUAUAUGUGUCUUCAUUUGAAGAACCGUAUUUAAAACAGUUGACAGAAGAGACGGAAACUUGGAUUGCAAGUACAUUCAAUGAGUUGGAAAUCAUCGAAUAUAUCAAGGAGGGAUUUUUAAAGGUGUCCAAAGAGCAGAAUGUGAUCGGCAACUGCCUCGAGUCGAUUACACUUGAAAAGAUUAUGAGCGUUAUGUCGGACGAGAUGUGGAUGAAAAAGCGUGAACAAAUAAAGCCGCACAUCAACAAGAUUUUUGAGAGGUGUAUAAAAGAAGAUAUCGCACUUCUCUACACAACGUUUUCGAGGUGUUCAAAUUCACGAGAAAUGUUGACGGACUUGAAUGAGGGAUAUGCCUUUUGGAUAACCAAAAUAAUGAAAGAGGCACUCGACGAGUACAAACCCACGAAGAACACCAAUUACGUUGGAUUGAUCGAAAUGUACAUUGGGUGUUAUUUGAAGAUUAUGGAUUUACUCAAAGUAUUUGAGGGGAGUUCUGCCUUCAUGGAAAGCGUUAAAAACGGUGUUGCAAACUUUUUAAAUAGUCCUGACAACAUGUACCAUGAAGAGCACCCCAAAUACAUCGCACUUUAUAUCGACUUGUUGUUACGACGUGUUGGUCCUGGCAAAGAAGCGUUGGACGUUGUUUUAAGCAAAGUCGACAACUCGAUGAAUUUAUUGCAAAGCGUUGAGAACAAAGACGUCUUUAUGGUGAUGAACACCAAUUUAGUCGCCCGACGGUUAUUAAACACGAUCAGUGGGUUUGACGAGAGUGUUGAGAAAUGCGUUAUUGAAGGAAUCAGGAGUGUGUGUGGCUGUGAGUACAUUUCGAAAAUAAAUCACAUGAACCGUGACAUUAGUAGUAGCGUGGAGUUGGAUGUUCUUUUCCACGAAAAAGUUAAAACACCGUUGUACGUCAAUGUGCUCACAUUGGGUGUUUGGCCUUUUAGUAAUGAAACCGUCCCUUCUGAAAUAUUGCCCAAAGACAUCAGUGCCGCGGAAAAGGAGUAUGAAGCGUUUUAUCUAAAGAAGGGGAAGUCGAAGAAAUUGGUGUGGUUGAAUCAUUUAGGCAAAGCGAUGGUAUUGGUCAGAGUUGGUAGUUUUAAAGUUGAUUUGUUAAUACAAACAAGUGCUUUCUGUGUUAUGAAUUUAAUCAAUCAGUAUGGGAGUGAUUGGGAAGCAAAAGGGCAUGUCCAAAAGGCUCAAGUUUUUUCGGCAUACGAGACGUUGCGUCGGCUUGGUGUAAUUGAAGAGAGUGAAGGGAAGGUGUGUAUUAAGCGUGAGUUCUUUUUGAGUCAGAAGACUCGGCGAAUAGUCAUCAACUGUAGCGAACAAACUGAGAGAGAAAAAGAAAGUGAUGUUGAAAAAGAGCUUCAAAAUAGUCGUAAAGUGGUGAUGCAGUCGUUUAUAGUGCGCAUCAUGAAACAGAAAAAGUACAUUUCGCACAACGAUUUGGUCGCGGAUGUGUUUAAAAUUUCAUCAAGCAAAUUUGUCCCAACGAUUUCGCUCAUCAAGGACACGGUGGAGUAUCUCAUCGAGAAAGAAUAUAUCAGGAGAAGCGAACAAGAUCCGUCGUGUUACGAGUAUGUGUAUUGA